GUAUAAUUUUUGCUCUCUGAGGAUAGAGAGGACUUGGCGGAGAUGCUGAAGGUGGGACUCCAAGGUGGGGCUAUARACAAGGAUAUCAUCGAGGUAAACCACGACACAGACUUCGAGGAGGUCGCGGAAGAUGUGGUUCAUGGUGGAUUGGAAUAUGGCGGGGGCGUUGGUGAGUCCGAAGGGCAUCACGAGGAACUCGUAGUGCCCAAAGCGAGAACGGAAUGCGGUUUUGUGGGUGUCCUCCUUGCGGAUGCGGAUCUUGUGGAAGCCACUGCGGAGGUCAAUUUUGUGGAUGAAGUCAUGAGGGGUUUUGACUGGGAGGGAACGGUUGAUGACAGCGUGACGGCGGGGGUUGGCGUCUUGGUGACCAAGGUGGAGGUAGUGGUGGAUGAAGGCGGAGGUGUGGAUGACGUGCUAGCGGAGAGGGCGGUGGAUGUGGAGGAUGGGGUGAUUGGUGUAGAUGUGGAGGUGGAGGAUGGGGAAAGGGUGGUGGCACCCGAGGUGGGGGGGGGGAUGUGGUGUGUGACGGCCGGUGUGGUAUCAAAUAUGUGGCCUCCAUGUCUGUCAUCUGGGUCUGCUGCGGUCGGCCCUUCAUUGCUGAUGUUGGACAUGCGAUGUCUUCCAGGGAUGGAGGGAGGUGCUGUUGUGGAUGAGGAUGCGAAUUUUGUCGGCAUGCUGGACAGGCCUGUGCGUCCGCGGUUUGGAAGUGCUGAAGUUCAGCUUGUUCUGACCGCAGAUGCAAUUUUUCCAGCAGUAAGACCGUUCGCAUCAGCCGUCAUGGGCGCAGUGGAUUUGCCAGCUGCUACUCAGCAGUUGAACCCAGCGAGUUGGUCGUCAGCCAAUACAGAGCAGCCGAGGGAACUUGGUGAAGGGCUAAGACCACGUGAAUCGCCACGAGAGCCGAACCAGCGAUGGCAUCAAAGAGGAGAGGCACCACCGAAACAAGGGACAUCGAGCAUUGGCACUCGCUCACAAGAUGUCAGUGGAUCUGCCAGCCUCCACCAUAACCCUUCUCACCCAAAAGCUAUCACUGGUCAUGGCAGCAGCCAUGUCUUCCACAGCACGAUUUCGUCUUUUCAGGGGCGCGAUUUCAGUGUGGAGCCAAGAGCAACCGUGCCUGUGGCAGAAGCAGCUUCUACGUCCAUUGUCUUGGUGACAGCUGGAGAGGGCUCUUGGGCAUCUGGCAUUGUUUUGAAUAGCCAAGGCCUGAUUUUGACAAAUGCACAUUUGCUCGAACCCUGGAGGUUUGGGCAUGAGAAAAAGGGGAGGAGGAAGAGCACCCGUGAUACCUCCUUUUGGAUGAACUCCAAUGAAACGUCUGCACACCAUCACACGUGUGUUGAUCCCUCCUCGUCCGGAGACCGUCAGCACGUAUCCAAGAAACAUGUUUCCACCUUUACGAGUGGUGCUGCUUCGGGAAACGACGAUGAACGCAGUGGGAACCGUUUGUUUUUGCACAUACAGGAUGACCCACCGAGUGUUGCGCCGUCUUCAUUGCCAUCACCAACAGGAGGCCAAUUUGGGGGACCUUCUGACACAGCCAUGCCUGUGUCAUUGCCCAGUCCUCAACCGGUUUCUGCUGAUUGUCCAGUGUCCUCCGGGGCCUCUCUUUCCGAGCUUGUGCCUGAACCCCUGAGCUGCCUUGGUACAAACACGUCAUCGGCUGGGAGUUCGUAUGUAAAGGUGAUGGUGCGCGUGGAUCACCCACAGCCAACCAUGUGGCAUAGAGCAGAAGUGGUGUAUGUGUCGCAGGGUCCUCUCGACGUUGCACUUCUUCAGCUGAUGCCGCUCCCUACAAGGAGACUUCAGGGCAUUGGCGUAGAAAUGCACCCUCCGGCUGUUGGCUCGACAGCCAUCGUCAUCGGACAUGGGCUUUUCGGGCCUCAUUCAGAUUUGCAAGCCUCUGUGAGCGAAGGAGUGGUAGCGAAGCUGGUGACCGUGCCACAGUCCGACCGUUUGCUUGCUUACACAAUGAAGCAUUCUCAAAUGGAUCAGGUUCCGGCAAUGCUACAGACAACUGCAGCUGUGCACUCUGGUGGCAGCGGAGGAGCUGUUGUUGAUGGCAGUGGCAAGAUGAUUGGCCUCGUUACAAGCAAUGCAAGACAUAGUGGUGGCUCUGUGCUGCCGCACCUCAACUUCAGUGUUCCAACGGCGCUCCUGGCACGGAUUUUUCACUUUGCAGAUUCAGGUGGCAGCGACCACAGCAUUCUAGCAGAGAUGGAUGCUCCAAACCAAGAGCUUGCAGCAGUGUGGUCACUUAUGUCUCCACCGACGCAAGCGGAAGAUCCAUCAACGGUAUGGUUGCCUGUUCCUCUACCCUGGAAAUUGUUCACCCCUCCACGCCCCCGUCAAGGAGCAGCAGAUGGCCAGGAAACUGAGUCGAGCAGCGGUACGGUGCAGCCUGGGAAAGGUGAUGACUCUGAUGAGAGAGCUUCGGCGGUGACAACGAACCAGGGGCAGAGGGAAGGAUCCGGAGGGGAGCAUCGACUAGGUUCCAAAAAGGGUUCAAAAUUUGCAAAGUUUCUCGCAGAUGCAGGUACUGGCUUGUUUGUGCCACAGCAAGGCCCUGCAGGGAGGGGCAAUCUUAUCAGAGAUCGUGACAGGUUGCAUGACAGCAGAGACAGAAACAAGAAUAGGGAAGAGACUCAAGAGAGUACUCCUCCCUGCUCAGAAGAGAGGACAGGGCCGGCUCAAAGAAGUCGAAAUGAAAUACAGCAUGGGGGGCAUGCCAGCAACAGGGAUGCCUUUAGGAGAAGCAGGCUGUGAACAACUAUUCACCUCUCCCUCCCUCCUCGCCUCCCUCCCUCCCUGUGUCCUUCUCUCCCGCCAUCGUCGCAACUCGUAAGGAGGGGGUCGAAAUGUGGAUGCCGUCUUCGAUAGGUCACAGAAUUACCAAGUCCAUAGCAACUAGCUUAAGUGUAGGUACCAGGUAUGUAUGUAUGUAUGUAUGUAUGUAUGUAUGUAUGUAUGUAUGUAUCUGUUAUUGCAAGGAGUUAGAAGGGAAAUUGAGAGUCUCUCAUGGUUCGGAAAACCAACCGCACAAGCAAGUUGCAUUAUGUGGAAUCUGUGGAUGUGCUGUAGUUAUGACUGUAUGUCCCUUCAUAAGAGAAUUGCCAAAGUUCGCAGGGCACUAAGUUUAUUUUUGUAUCACAUAGGGAUGAUUAUUACUGUGAUGUAACCUUUCCAGUUCCUCGGCCUCUUGGCUAAGAAGAUCAAGUGAAUUAUCUAUACUGAUCGGUUUAAUAUAUCUGAUCCGUGGUUCAUCGGGCCAGAGACACACAAAGAAAAGAAGAUUAUUACUGUGAUCUGCUCUGACUUGUGCUCGUAGGAAAGGUUCUGAGCCCUCGGUAUCCAGUGGGAUGAGAUUUGAAGAUCACAGAGGGCAUUUUGUUGACAAAUGGCACAGUGGUUGGGCUUAAAACACCAUCGUCUGAUCGAUCGACAUGCUGCCAUGAAACUAGAAGAACAUGUUCGACCUCGUACGGUUGCAAUGCCAGAGAAGGAAGGAGGAUGGGAAGAUGACACUGUAGUCUGAUCGAUCAACAAAUGAUUCAACAUGCU